CAUCAAGUCGCUAUAAAAAAAGCAGACGACAAGGUUGUAAAGACUAAAGAGAGCUUUUUUUAAAUCGGCAUAAACAAAGUCGCAGCAAAAAUUUGUGUUAUUUUAAAAUCGAAUUAACUUUCGCUAGCUUGAAUAUUGUUCAAGCAUAAAGUCAGAAGCAAAAUUCAUAACUUUCAUGUACCGAUUUAUUUGCGUUUUAUAUGAUGAAAGAUAGUAACAAAAGGACAACUGGUAUGAUAGCUGUUGGAAUAUUCGGUAGUGCUGCAGUAGGCUUGUUGGUCGGGAGUGUACCUUUUGUGCUUCCUGCAGUGAGAAAAAUAUGUCUACCUUAUGUACCCGCAACUAAUUCACAAAUAAAAAAUAUCACCAGGCUCCUACGUAAUAGGAGAGGAAAUGUCAUAGAUUUAGGCAGCGGAGACGGCCGUGUUGUCUUAUCAGCAGCCAAAUUGGGCUUCAAGUCCUUUGGAGUGGAACUCAAUCCAUGGUUAGUCAUUUAUUCCCAAAUAAAAGCUUUCUAUCUAGGACUGAAUAAACAGGCAUCUUUUAAGAGGCAAGAUAUCUGGAAAACCAAUCUGCAGAAUUUUGAAAAUGUCAUCAUCUUUGGAGUGGAGCAAAUGAUGCCACACUUGGAAGAAAAACUUGCAAAAGAGCUUACCCAAAAUGGUUGUGUUAUUGCAUGCAGGUAUCCAUUACCAAACUGGAAGGUAACUAAAUCUGUUGGCAGAGGAAUUGAUAAAGUUUGGCUGUAUGAGAAAAACUGUGCUCUUAAAUAAUUAUUAAUUAUUAAUUAUUUUUACUUCAUAGUUUCUAUUUUUAUGUAAAGUUCAAAAGUGAAACAUUAAAGUGUUUAUUUAAGGUAUGAUAGGUGUGUAUAUAUAUAUAUAUAUAUAUAUAUAUAUAUAUAUACAGAAGUCUGUCUGAGAAACUUUUCUGAACAAUAUUCUUGCAUUUGCUUUACCUGAUUCUCAAAUAUUCUUUUAAAAUCAUGUUGCACAUUAUUAAGUAUAUAUGCAUUAUUAAAAUGGUAUUAAUCUGCUGCUGAACAGUAAAUUAGAGGUCUUCAUUAGAUAUAAUAAAGUUUAUUCAAGUGUACGAGGAAAAAAUAUGCAUCAGAAGUAUACCAGAAUGUUCAAUAAGUUCGUGGAACGGAAAUGAAGAAACCAAUUUUUAUUUGUAAAAAAUGACUAUUUUUCAACGUAGUUUCCCUCAACUUCAAUACACUUAUUCCAACAAUCUUCUAAUUUAUGGAUCCCUUGACUGUAGUGGUUUUUCAGCAGCUCUGCAAAAUAUCCCUCCACGGCAGCUAUUACCUCUUCGUUUGAAGAAAAUCGUUUUCUACGGAGAUAUUGUUUGAGGUGUGGGAAGAGCCAGAAGUCGGAGGGAGCUAAAUCUGGCGAAUAGGUUAGAUGUUGCAACAAUUCGUACUUCAAUUCAGUUAUUUUAGCAAUGUUUUUUUAGCUGUAUUUUAGCAAUGUUUUUUUAGCUGUGUGUGCAGGUGCGUUAUCUUAUUGGAAAAUGAUUUUCUUCUUCUGUAAUCCGGGUCUUCUUUCACAAAUGUUUUCGUCUAAUUGAUUAAUACAAUAACAAUUCCGAAUUAAUUGUUUUGCCAGUUUGAAGGUAAUCUCUAAACAAAAUUCCUUUCGCAUCCCAAAAAACUGAUGCUAACACCUUCUUAGCUGAUUUUUGCACACGAACUCGCUUCGGCGCCAAAGAGCCGGGUUCACACCACUCCUUAGCCUCCUGUUUUGAUUCAGGAUCAUGAUGGUAGACCCUAGUCUCAUCCAUUAUGAUAAAUUGACAGAUAAAGUCACUUUUAUUCUUCUUAAAACGCUUCAAAUGUUGCUGCCAAAGUCGCAUCUAAAUGUGUUUUUGCUCCAUCGUUAGAGAAUGCAGCACCCAUUUUGCACAGAGUUUUUUUAAACCCAAAUUAACACUCAAAAUAUUGCUCACUGUGCCCAAUGAAAUGCCUAAAGCCUCUGUUAAAUCUCUUUCAGUCAAUCGACGGUCUUCCAAUACCAUAUCUUGUAUUUUUCCGAUGAUUUCGGUGUUGAUGCAGUUUUUGGACGUCCCUCUCGCGGAUCGUCUUCAAGGCUGGUAUGACCACUUUUGAAUAAACUAGCCCACUUGCAAACCAUUGUUUUUGAAGGAGCAGAUUCACCCAACACAUUCACCAUUUCGGUAUGAAUUACCAUUGCCUUUAAACCUUUCUUUACAAAGAAUUUGAUAACUACACGUUGCUCAAUUUUAUCCAUACCUGAAAAAAGGCACAACACGUUAGAUAUAAAGGGCGGUUAAACAAUGAAUAAAUUAACAGAUCAAAAUGAAACUUUUGACGUGUUCCUAAGAAAGAACAAAUAUGAAAAUGGCGUCGAAGUUUUAGGUUUAAUAUUGAUGAAUAGAUGGCGCUCUGCAAACUUAUUGAACAACCUGGUAAAAUGUAGCCACAUAUAACUCGCAAAAUUAACCAGUCACAGACUUGAUAAGAUAACAGACUUAGAAGUGAGUUACAUGUUUUACAUAUUACUUUGUGAAUGAAAAGAAAGCUAUAGAAUGAAAUAGGAGAUAAGUGAAUACAUCCACAACACUUAUUCUUUCGCAAAACCUAGAAAACCAUAAUUAUUAACUGACAAUAUAUCCAAUGUCAUGUAUUUGUGUUACUGUUUAAUACAUAUAAAUGGCAUCAGUAUUAAUUUCUUUCAUGUUUAAUGGGAUGACUGUUAAUAUCUUCUUGACUUUAAUGUACUCUUUUCAUAUUUUGUUUGCUACUAUAUUGAGAUAUAAAUUCUGGUAUACAACUAAACUGAAUGUUAUAUUUUAUCUAAAUGUUAAUACAGUCAAAAGUCUUUAAUCCGGACUCGUCGGGACUUCGGUGAUUCCAGAUUAUC